ACUUGUUUGGUCAGCUCCAGAAAUACCCAGGUUAUACCCUAAAGGAGCAAAGAUUAUGAAAAGCUCAACAGUUUAGGUGUGAAAGUGUUUAUUAUUGUGCGUCAAUUAAAAGCAAAUUUAGGUGGUAAAUUAUCCCGUUGAGCUUUUGAGAAGAACGCUACAGUGUCAAGGUUUUAUGGUUUUGUAUCCUUUUCCUAGAUCGCCAAAUUCUGUCCAGUAUUAAGAUCUAAUACCUGGAUCCCAAUGUACGGAGGAAUUUGAAUAGACAUUAUCCCCAACAUAACGCUACAAUAGACUUAUCAGUAAGCUACAUCUAACAUGCAGUUUGCUUCAGUACAUGUAUCUGAAGCCCUUAUGUAUAUAAUUAUAAUAUAAAUUCACUACACUUAUUUUUCCUUGAAGAAAUACAACUUAGGUACGCCCUCGCUAGCAUACUUAGCGCCUUCCUAACACCAAGUUUUACCUCGCUUUCAGCCUGAAGCACUUUGUGUGACUGUUAACAUCUUACCCUUUGUCGACUACUGAUGCUAGCUCAAACCAGCCUCCAACUAGUAAAGGAAUUAAAACGCUCCCAACAAAGCAAAUUACCUCCUUAUGGUGAAGAUAAAAUCCGAAUUUGUUUGGAAGAAAUGCGAGUACUAUAUGAUGCAAAUCAUCGUGAUGUAGCCCUUGUAUCUAACUCGUCGUCUGGGCCAUCAUCAUCAUUAUAUGAAACAGAUGAUCAUAGUAAUAAAAUUCAAUCUGUUUUAGUCAGACAUGCUAUCUUGGAACGUAAUAAACGUUGUCUUCUUGCCUAUCACCAUGCUAGAUUAAUGCGGAUCAAAGAACUACGGUGGGAAUAUGGUAUCAUUUUACCUAAAGAUAUCCGUGAUAAUUUAUCGGAAGCGGAACAAGCAUGGUUUAAACACUAUUGUAGUUGUUUGGCAAACUUCAUGCAGGCUGAUGGAUCGGAACGUGGAGGCGGUGGAAUGCUAGAUUUAACACAAUAUCGUACACCACCAAAAUCAUUAUUUCUAGAAGUCCGUUGUCUUCAAGAUUUUGGCGAAUUCGAAACAGAGGAUGGCAGUAUUUUACAUUUAACAAAAGGUAGUCAUCAUUUAAUGCAUCGAACCGAUUGUGAGGCUUUAAUUCGUCAAGGUAUUCUUGAACAUAUAGCAGAGUGAAAUGAAACUGUCAUGUGCAAUUAUUAUAAUGUCCUAAAAAGGGAAUUAUACUGUAUAUAUUUAAAUUUGUCAUGUUAUUAUUUUCAUACGGAAGAUUUUAAACAAUAAAACACCAAGGAAUGGGUUACACAAAACACAAUGACAUCAUUGUGAUCAUUUGGAUGAGGAAAAACUGUAUGACCCGUCAUUACAUUUAUAAAAACGGGUACGGUAUGUGAAGCUAUGAAAACUGAGUAAUACCACAGACAAGACAGAUUUCAUAAUACUGUUUAUAAAGAAUACAGUAGGAAACUACAUCCAAGUCGCUUGUAUUCUGAGUAGUCUAGAGACUACUUGUGUCACUGAGUUUCAUGACCUUCAGUUUGCUUUUACUAAUAAUGUGGGAUCAUGAAACAAAAAUCGCCAGAAGUCUGUUAGCAUAAAUCCGACAUAUAAAAUAUGCGUCUUAAUAGGGGUGGUUUUGAUGUCUGUUUCUCCCAACUUAAAUUUUUAUUGUUGAUUGCUACUGUUGGAUAAAGUUAUCUUAACGCCAUCUUGGUUUAGUUCUAAUGUAUCAGAAGGGGUUUUGUGGAUAUUAUGGUAAUCUUAAUACUUGAGAUCGUGAGUCAAUUGAAACUAGGUCACCAUGGAAAACCUGAAAGUAAUGGGUAGCCGUUUGAUCACGAUGUGAUUUCUAAAUUGAAUAAACGGAUACUAUGGUGAUAUGCGAAGAUGGAUAAUGGCUAGCAGCGGAAUCCAGGACGCGUGUUUCGCCCUGUUUGGGACUCGUCAGCUAGAUGUACCUGCACCUUAGAAUUGAUGUUCACUCUGAGGCUCGAACUCAAUACCGUUCGCUUCAAACGUCAUCGCGUUAUCCACUUAGCUAUUGAGUCCUGAUAGCCACUAUGGUGAAUUAUAUUUUCAAACCAAUCAGUAUCCUAUGAUUUAGUUCAUUUAGAUCUUUGAAAUUUUGUUUGUGGCAUUAGAUUAUUUUAGUUUAGCCUUUAUGAAGCCUCCCAUAUUGGUUGUACAAACUUAUAAAUCUUCAGUGAUACUUUCAACAUCAAAAUGAUCUCUGGUCGUUAAGUGUAAUGGCAAAAUAAAGUUAGUACUUCAAAACUACCAAGGCUGAGUAUCUUAUUUCCGAAUUAUACUACUUAAAACUUUCCAAGUAGUUAAUCAAGUCUACUCCGUAUUUAUUUAUUUUGACAGAUAUUAGUACAAAGGGGCACCGAA